CCAUGCUAACAGGUUAUGUUAGCAGUUUAUUGAUUUCGUUUUAACGUUCUGAAUAAAGACAGUUUGUGUUUCCUACUUAGAGCACAUUCAUAAUCGGAUUAAGUAGUGAAAGUUAAGACAACUGAGCAAACGCGGUAGCUAACGCAGCAGUAAACGAGGUUCAAAUCAAAGAGAGCUAAAGCUACCGCUAGCAUAAACAAUCGGUAGCUGUGCUUAUGAAGUGCAGCCAUGAGUUUGGCAGGAGGCCGAGAACCACGAAAAACUGCGGGGAACCGUAUGUCAAAGCUGUUGGACGCUGAAGAAGAGGACGAGUUCUACAAAACCACUUACGGAGGCUUCAACGAUGAAUCAGGAGACGAUGAGUAUCAUGGAGACCAUUCAGACACAGAGGAUGAGGUGGACAGUGAUUUUGACAUUGACGAAGGUGACGAGCCAGACAGCGACCAGGAGGAAGAUGCACCUCGAAGGAAAGGUCGCGUUGUCACGAAGGCUUAUAAGGAACCUAUUAAAGUUCCAAAGCCCAAACCUAAGAGACCUUCUGAGGAGUUAAAGAAGACUGUGAAAACCAGAGUGGAGCUCAAAAGGAGGAUUCUACAUGAAUACCAUGAUUUUGCAGAGACUCGGAAAUCCGUUCGACAGUCCACCAGCGAACAUACUCGGAAAACCAACCUGCGCUUGCAAGAGCGCCAGGAUGCCCCUCGGCGAAGGAGAGGAGCUCACCGUGACCGUCCUCUAACUCAGGAAGAACUGCUGGCUGAGGCCAAAUUAACAGCCGAGAUCAACAUUCGGUCUUUAGAGAACUAUGAACGUCUGGAAGCAGACAAGAAGAAACAAGUCCACAAGAAGCGACGUUUUGAAGGACCAACCAUCCGUUACCAUUCAGUCCUGAUGCCGCUUGUGUCCCAAUCGGCUCUUAAAGAAGAAAACGUAGAUGUUGAAGGGUUGGAUCAGGAUCUUCCUCAGACUGCAGCAGCAAAUGCAGCCACGCCCUCCCAGCAGCCAUCCGGAGGUUUGUGUUCCCGAACUUUUAUAACGUUCAGUGACGACGAGGCUUUUGAGACCGUUUUUCGCCGCAGCGCCCAGUCGACGCCUCAGACACCCGUGCAGGAGAUUUGUCCUGUGACCCACAAGGCCGCGCUGUACCGAGACCCGGUCACAGACAUCCCAUAUGCAAAUGCACGAGCCUUCAGCAUUAUCCGAGAAGCGUACCGUAAAUAUGUUGCCGCUCAUGGAUUCCCAAACACAUCAGGUGGGGCGGCAGGACUUGAUGCCUCAACAUCUAAAGGUGCUCGCCAGAAAAUGGUUGUCAAGCAGAGUACGGUGGCAACAUAGAUUAGUUUAAUGAGUAAUUUAGGAAAGAGAUUCUUUUUUGUUUUUGUUUUUUACUUUUACUUUUGUUGAUCAAAUGAGG